AUGUUGUUUUCAACGGUCCUAUAUAGAGAAAAAUACCUUGAUAACGAACUCUAUUCAAGAAUUACAGAACAACAAUCAAUUAUUGAUGAAUUAGAAACAUUUUCUGGUACACAUUCAUAUCAACUGGAAGUGAAAGAAGAUCAUGAUUUACAUAAUACAAACACGUUACUAAUGACACUUGAUGAAAGUCCAAUAAAAAGUCAAACAAUUGUACGUUUAGAAGAACAAGCACCUAGUUCUAUUCGACGUUUAACAGCAAAACUUCGGCACAGUGUUGCUGCAUCAGCAAGUGUUUUUGCGGAAAAGAUUGCCCCAGGGCAAGGAAAAAUGCUUCUUGAAUUAGCACAGUUGGAUGAUCUUUCUGAACGACGUUCAUCAACUAGUUCUCGAUCAUCAAAGACGCCAAUAGAUGAAGAACAUCUUCAAUAUUUAAUCGAUAUGUACCAUGCAUAUGAAAAACAACAUUUGCCUUAUCAAGAACAAAUUCGUGUCUUGACACUAAUACCAAAAUCUUGGAAGUUAAGUAGUCCAAUAAUUCAACAAAAGUUUCAUUGUACCGAUCAUGCUGUAAAAUUAGCACGAAAGCUAGGAAAAUCAUCAUGUACUCCAUUACACAUGGAAGUGAAAGCACCAAAGAUUAGACAACGUCUAGAACUUCAGAAACUUGAUUAUUUCAUUAGUUGGCUUCUAGAAGCUGAUUUAUUAAUAUCUAUACCAUGGGGAAAUACCAAUUUAAAACUAGAAAACGGUCAAGUGAUUUCUAUUCCUAAACAAAUGCUACAAGCACAACAAAGCCAAAUCGUUCACUUAUACCAAAAUCAUUGUAAUAAAUUGAAUAUUAGUUCUAUGUCUGAUCGGACUGUUUACUCGAUAUUACAAAACUUAAAUGCAAGUGAAAAAAAAGUGAUAUCUGGAAUAGAUGAGUUUGUUAAAGAUGCUUCCGAGGGUUGGUUGAAUUUGAAAAAGAUUAUUCAACAAUUGCAUUUAUCAAAUGAACAUAAAACUAAGUUGAACAGUAUGCUAGAAAAAAGUAAUCUGUAUUUAAAAUCAAAAUAUCGAUGUCAUUGUAAUGAAACUGAACAAACAACAACUCAUUGUACAGUAUUUGCUCUUAGUCAAGCAAACAAUUCAUGUUAUUCACAAUCAUGUGAUCAUGCUCAUGAUACAUUUUGUGAAGGUACAGACGAGAAAUUAUAUUUAACAAUUCAGAAUUUUUAUAUUUAA